AGAAACCAGGCUUAGUCGGGGGGCCAGUUCUCCUCUGGCCAACAGUGCUUUUUUACGAUUCGUCACCAGAACCUCAAAGGCUAAGAGAAUAAAGAUUUCAUGUGUCCAUUCUGACUCCCUACUUACAGUAUGUUCACUCUACCUCUGUUUUUAUAUGGGAAAAAAGAUAUGUGAUAUUUUCAGAUUCUAUGCUUUCGGUGGUCCAGAAGAGUUCUAAUUGAUAUGUAGGUGUCUAGUGCAAGAAAAAGUUUACAGAACUGUGUUGAUUAAUAGAAAUCUGUUGAUUAAUAGAAAGGGAUGUGACCCCAUUGAACAGUUUCAUUUAUUGCUAAAUUACAGUAUCUACAUACGAGUAUCAGUGUUCAGAAUGAUGGUGCUUGGUGAUUUUACUGAAUUUUUGAUCAAAAAAUGCAGCUUUGGCAAACAUAAGAGGCUUCUUUCAAAAACCUAAACAGUCCAUUUUUAAAGCUAAUGUAGGCGCAUGCAAAUAAAAAGUUUACAAACUCCUUGCAGAAUCUGCAAAAUGUUAGUUAUUUUAACAAAAUAAGAGGGAUCAUUAUUUUUUUAGUACUGUCCUGAAUAAGAUAUUUUACAUGAAAGAUGUUUACAUAUAAUCCACAAGACAGAAAAAAUAGCUGAAUUUAUAAAAAUGACCCCGACUGCAUGGCACACCUGCUACAUUCCACAUGGGAAAAUGCUGAUGGACCUGGUAGGAAACCUGCUACUUAGUAUAUGUUCUAGGCAAUGGUCAGCUAAGAGUAGACCUCUGGUCAGAAAAGUGGAGGCAAUUCAGUGCAGCCCAUGAUUGACUACCAAGAUGGAGUUGAAGUUGUUCCUCCCAGUUCGCCCCAGACUUCGCCUCCAUAGCUACACCGCUGACUGAGAUGUUGACCAAAGCUGUGAGAAACCAGCUACCAUUGACAGAGGAGUGUGAGAGUGCUUUCAAGACUCUCAAGGAAUGGAUUUGCUCUCACACAGUCCCGCAAAGCCUAAACUUCUCCCAGCGAUUGUUGGUGCAGGUAGAUGCUUCUGCCACAUGGACCGGAGCUGUCCUGGCACAGGGACUGACGGGAAGGAAAGAAAAAGAGUGCCUAUCAAGUGGUCCUGAGAGAGCCUCUGUUACUACUUACUGUGAAGGGAGUCAGAUCUAGGAACUGACCAUUGGCCCCUGUGCUGGAUCAAUACAAUGAAGGAUCAUGAUGCCCAAGUGACCUAUCCUCCUAUUGCACCUGGUCAUUCAAGCCACUGCACAUAUUCCCCUCUGCUACAGUAUAACACACACGUCGCACCUACACACAUACAUUCAGAUUGAUUGUUUGUUUGUUUUGUCUCACCCAUUUAAUGUUGUAUGUUGUUUGGUUUCGCGAUCAGAGUAGAUCUUCAUAAUCUCUCCACAAACACUUAUUUUGAUUGUUGACUAAGAUAUAUAAGUAUGUUUGAUUUUAACUUUAACUGUAGUGUGCUAUUCCAUAUUGCCUUUAAAGUUAAUAUAUUUUAAAUGUAGGCCUAUUAAACUGCAACAUCAUUACAAAUGCGUAAUUUCAAAUAUAUUUAAAUAUAUGGCACAGGUUUCAAUAGAAAUGACGCUAAGGUAAUUUAGUUUACUAUAAAUGUCAGUGCAUUCGACAUUAAAGUAGGUCAAAAAAGUGACACUUAAGUGGGUCAAAAAGCACUCUAAUAAUUCAUCUAAUUGCAUUUAAUAAUUUAAACUAUAAUAAAUUUUCAUUUAAUUGUAAAAACAAUGUUUUUUAGAAGAAGAAAAAAAAAAAAAGCUACGGCUGUGUCAUUGGGGCAGUACUCUACAAAAGUGAAAAGUUUCUAUGUGUAUGUUUAAUGUACUAAUAUUACCUUUAAAGUACUAAUAUGUACCAUUUAGGGGUAAGUUAGGUCUACCUUUUCACUUUUGUACCUUAGGGUACUGCCCCAGUGACAUAAUUAACCUUUUUAGCAGAUGGUGGGAACUGUAGUUUUCGGGGAACGGGGACUACAUACUGAACAGCGGUCUUAACAUAGCAGGCAAUAGUAAUUGAAUUACUUUCAAAAAGCUGAACCUUGGUCAGGGGGACUAAAAGGCUUAUAACAAAAAUAGACAAAAAUAGAGGAAAAACAGAAGAAAAUUGUGUCAUUACCUUUCCCUCUGCUUCAGAUGUAUAUGUAUACAAUCCAUUCACAUCAUGAUUAAAAAACAAAAAAAAAUAUGUAGGCCCAAUUUCACAGACAGGGCUUAGCCUAAACUAGGAUUAGAACUCAGUUCAAUUAGGAUAUUUAAAUAGCUUUUAUAAACGUACACUAGGGAGAAAAAAAAAAACAUUACUGGUGUUCAUCUUGAGUCAAAACAAUGGAACUGACAUAUUUUGUACAUUUUGUAUGUCAGUACAAGUUGCUUUAGUUAAAACAGCUCAAACAUGCAUUUUAGUCUAGGACUAGUCUGUGAAACCAGGGGGUACUGUAUUAUGGCGUCAGUGUCACAAGCAACACAAAAAGUUUACAAUUGUCUACCACUAGAUGGCGCUUUACUUACACUUUCUCUUACACCUUCUCGUUUGGUUUGUUCGGUUUUCAUAGAGACAGAGCGCAACGCGUCAUAAUCUGAAAACCACGCCCACCGGGGAGGAAAACAAUCCAACCGUCUCCAUUGACUUUGUAUUGCGUGAGGCUGCCUCCUUGUCAUUUCUGACUUAUAACAAAAAAAAAAAAAAAAAACAGAACAAUAUCUAAAAGCUGCAAGGUGUACAGAAAACAAGCUAAAAACCCAGAACCAAAAACCCAGAAGUUUUUAUAAGCUGUCGACCCAAAAAACGUUUAAAGCGUUUAAAGACUAAAAAGUGGAUAUAGGCGAUUGAGACAGAGCGCGACAUGUCAUAUUACUAUGAGAACUACACCCACUGGAGGGGAACGUAAUCAGCGACAGGAAAUAUAAUAGCCUAUAUAAACCUGACAUUUGGAUAUUUGACUUAAAACAACAGUGACAAAAUGUUUACUGCACAGGUAGGCUUACUGAGGCAUACUGAGUGUCAGGAUCCCAAAAUGUACCCAUUCUUCCUGCUGAUGCUUCACGUCUUAUUGCCUGUAUCCACUUUUGUCUCCUUAAAGGCUGGCUUUUACGGUUCGAUAGCUUAUAAAACUUAGCUCAGGGGUUUUUUUUUAGCUUGUUUGCUGUACACCUUGUCACAUAUUAGUGUUUUUUGUUAUAAGUUAGAAAUUACAAGGAGGCAGCCUCACGCAAUACAAAGUCAAUGGAGACGGUUGGAUUGUUCAUAUAAACCAUAACAAGAGAUUUACUUUUAAUGUGAUUUACUGAUAGACAGCGUGUGAAGAAGAGUGGUUGCGCCUACAUUAAACAUAAAAUGCUAUAAGCCAUUUAUUUAUUAAUUUUCAGUGCACUUCAGUUGUGCAUAUGGAGUCUUAAAGGAUUUUCUCUUUAUUUCGAAUAAUGUAUUACGUUGUUUUCAUUUUUUUUUUUUUUUUACAUUUUUCUCUGUCGUGCAUUUACCUUAUAGUCUAUUCAAUUGAAAAGAAGAAUAAAUAUUUUCCAAAUUGUUUAUGUAUAAUAUAUUGCACGUUUAACCUGAAAACCUGAAGAGUGAACUUAUCUCGAAGCCUUAUUGCGUUCUGUUUUAUAAAAUAUAUUUUUUAAGGAUUUUUUUUUUUUUUUUUUUUUUUUUACAUAACUCGUUAUAGUCGCUUUAAUAACAUUAAAAAGCGAUGCUUAACAGAUGCUUAACAGGCUAGUUAAAUUACAAAUGACUAUUAAACUUAUAUAUUUGUCUCUAGGCCUUAGCUAAUGUCACCGUUUUAUUAUUAACACAAUAGGAUAAUGUAUUUGUUUUGUUUUGUUUUUUGUUCUUGUUUUUUUUGUUUGUUUGUUUUUUGUUGUUGUUUUUUUUUUUUGUAGUUCAGAAAAGAGCACGACACGUAGUAAUCGGUAACAUUUCCGUUGCAAAACAUGCUUAGGCCUAAAGUAAUUUUUCUUCCCUUCUUUUUUCCUAGGAAUAAUGUUUAUGAAUGGUUUGCAGUUGUUUAAACGAAUAGUGAUGAAUAAAAACAAAAGUGCGUUCGAAAGAAGAAUAAAAUCACACAUACAUAAACAAAAUACAUGCAAUUACUCAAAUGUUCCGUCUCCGUCUGUAUCUUCACCAUUUCUCUUUAACCCUGUCAUUAAAACUACGUCACAUAUUGCACAUCAAAGAAGAGCAGAGACACGGACACGAUGAGAUUAUUCUCAGGAAAAGAAGACAGUCAAAUAUGAUAUUAUAGCGUUUGAUUUGGAAUUUUCACGCCAGAAACUUAAGUUCCAGUGGUUUAAAAUACAAGUGUAAUCUCAUGUCAUCUCUGGAGUACAUGAAAAAGGAUUGUUUUGCGUCUGGGACUCUGUCAUCGGCCUCUCUGAAAGGCACUUUAACUAAAAUCAACAGCCGGAGACAUAAAGCUCGAAAGAAGAUCUCACCCCAAAAGAAACAGGAGCCAGAAGCAGAAUGUGACUUAUGCAGGUUGUCUUUACUCAGUUGUGGCAGUCGCAGCCGUACCGUUCGCAGAAUACUGAUUGCUUGUGUAAUAUCUUUCCUGGCUCUGCUUUCUGCUGUGACCAUGGACUUCAACUCAUCUUUGGCUCAAUGGCAAGCCACUGAAGCUUCACUUAAAAAGCUAACGUCCUGUAGAACAAACGUCACACUCAGACUCAUUAUGGAGCUCCAAACGUUAAGAAACCUCAGUUCAUCAAGAGAGAAAACAGUUCAUAAUAUCAAGAAUGAAAAGUUCCUGAGCUCUUGGUCCUUGAUAAUGCUCACAGUUAACCACUGUUGUACUAGUACUGAUAUGGACAGUUUGGGUCAGCCAUGUGGUGUUGAGUUACCUGCGUUUUGUGAGCAUCUUCAAUCCAACCUCUCAGAGUUUCUCAAUGCUACAGGGAGAGGUGAGUUAAUGGAUUCUAAUGGUACCACAGUUUUUACUCUUGCAAUUGAGAAUAUAUUAAACACAUGGGGCAUCAAAGAUGUUGACAUUAGUCUCCUCAAGCACAAUCCGGCCUGGACAGAUGUCCUUGCUCUGAAACUGCUCUUAACAGUCCAUGAAUUGAACUAUCGCUUGAUAACAGGUGAAAAGAAGGAAGAUAUUCAGGAUGAAAUAUGGCAUGCAACAACACUUAUGUCAGUCAUAAAAGACAUGUCUGAAAACCUCCAUCACUGCUGGAUGGAAAACCCUAAUAUUGAGCUAAACCUGACUAAUAUAAGAUAUUUAAUCUACUCUACUGCCACAACUUCUGAAGGAUCCACAGAGUUAACAUUAGCCUUGGAGAACACUCUGAGAUGUUUUCAUUCUAGAGCUGGGUGGGCUCUGAAACUGAAAUCCAGAGACAUCUCGUCCAACAUCAGUCUGAAGAUCUGCCUCCUUGCCAUCGCCUGUCUCAUUUACCCCAUAGUGCUGCUCUCCUUCAAGCAAAUGACAGAAUGGAUCCAAGACUACGCUCAGAGCCUCAGGGAGAAGACAGAAGCCCUGAAGAGAGAAAGACAUCUCGCAGAAGAUCUCCUUCAUCAGAUGUUGCCCAAAACUGUGGCCAAGCAGCUACGCCAAAACAAACACGUAGAGGCUGAGAGUUAUGAGAAGGUGACUAUUUUCUUCUCUGACAUUGUGGGUUUUACUGCUAUAUCAGCCUCCUGCACUCCACUACAAGUUGUUGAGAUGCUAAAUAACCUCUACAUGUGCUUCGACACACGCAUUGACUCCUAUGAUGUCUACAAGGUGGAGACUAUAGGAGAUGCAUACAUGGUGGUCAGUGGACUGCCAGAGAGAAACGGAGACAAACAUGCAGAUGAGAUCGCUAAAAUGUCUCUGGAUCUGGUGGCUGCGGUCAGACAGGUGACGAUACCCCACAUGCCAAACAAACGCCUUCAACUCCGAGCUGGCAUACACACAGGCCCUUGUGUAGCUGGCAUUGUUGGUUACAAGAUGCCCCGGUACUGCUUAUUUGGAGACACAGUCAACACGGCCUCUCGAAUGGAAUCUACAAGUCUACCACAGAAGAUUCAUGCAAGCUCUGCUACAUACCUGGCACUCAUGAAGGACAAUGCGUAUGAACUGCAGUUACGGGGCGAGAUUGAAGUAAAGGGAAAAGGAAAAAUGAACACAUAUUGGUUGAUUGGUCACAAAAACUACAGUGUUCAGAAUGACAGUUUGGUGUGCCACUGGAACCCCAAUAUCUCAAGAAAGAAAAAGGCCCCUGUGGGGAGCAACGUGUCCAUAGAGAAUUCCAGCAUCACUGUCCAGAGUAUAGGUGACAGUAUCACACCAGUCUCUCAACCUGAAGUCCUGCCUAAACUGGAGGGGUCAGAGGUCACACUGUGCGUUUCUGCACAGGUGGAGAACUGCGGCACCAGCUUUGGCACAUUAGGCUCGAUGGUGGGGGCACUGGAGGGGGAGCAGGAGACAGAGGAUCAUCCACCUGAGCAACAAAACGAUAAAAGUUCUCUGCUUCCUGGUGCAGUGUCUCACAGCUGAUCUGCAAUGUCCAGAUUAACAAAAUAAUGCGCACAGGAUGUUUUCAGUGUUUUUUAUGAAAGUGAAUGAGUGUGUAAUGUGCUAUGUGGUCCUUUAAUAUAUAUUUCAUAUAUACUUUCAUCUAUAAACAUAAUAUAUAUAUAUAUAUAUAUAUUUACUUUCUCCUGAAGUGCAUUUUUUUUGGAAGGGAUUUACUUGUUAUAAUUUGCCAUAACGUUUAAUCCUUUCUUACUCCCAAAAUAAUGCUGCUUAUUACUAAACCUCACAUAAAAAAAAAAUUAAAUAAAUAAAUAAUAAUAAUAAUAAUAAUAAUAAUAAUAAUAAAAACAGGAUUAAAAUCAAGCUGUACAGAUAAUUUUUUUUGGCCAAUACUUUAGUCCUUUAUUUGUGAAGUGAGGAUAGUUACCAAGUAUGUUAUAGGCCUACCUGUCUCAGUCCAGUGUUCUCUUAAUGUUCCUGUUAUAUGUCAUGUUUUACCACUUACAUGUUUUCUUAUGCCUAGUGUAUUAGAUUUUUUUCUUUCUCCUCUCUUUCUUUGUAAACUUUUUUAUAUCUAGCACAUUUUAUUGUUAUCCUACUCCUAGUUUUUAUUCCAUACAAUUUUUCUUUAUCACAUUUUUAUACAUAGGUUUUUGUUUGUUUGUUUGUUUGUUUUUGGAUGACAUGCAUUUAAAAUGAGUUACAUUGUAUUAAACUGUUAAAUAGACCAAAUAAACAUUUGUGUAUUUGACCAAAUUCUACUAUUUGUGGACUGGGGAGAUAUAGAGAAGUAAGGACCUGUCCAUACUGUUGUACAAUUAUGUUGUUAUAACAAUUUUAAUACAUUGUCACAGACACUCAUUGUUUCGUUAUCAUGGACUUUUAGUUUCUUUUCACUAGUUUACCUGUCUUCCUUUGUUCAGUUUUCCCACCACUCUUUAGUUGUCAUGGUAAUUAAUUUAAUCUGCACAGGUGUUUGUCAUUUUACCCUCAUUGGCACAGUAUUUUAGUUGUUCUGUUUUCACCUUUUAGUUGUCUGGUAUUGUUUGUGUUUACAAAACAAGCAUGUGGCUUUCCAUUUGGAGUUAUUUAAUAAACCUUGUUUUAUUUUUACUA